AUCAGUUGAUGUUCCACCGUAAUUGAACGACAGCAUUUUUAAAUAGAUAUUCCACAACAUCAAAAGUGUUCCACAUCCUGAUUGUAGAAUCUACAUUCAUGUUAGGAUUUCCUUCAUAUACAAAAAAAGGGUUGCUAAUAAACUUUGAAGAAGAGAGAAUAUUAAAAAAAAAUUAUUGAUUAAAAAGUGACCAACGAAUUGAACAAAAUAGAAAAAACAUAAUCAGACACAGAUGACGGUUGCAAAUGGACUAGUAUUGUUUAGAUGUCAACUAUUGUCAUUUACUGUAGCCAUCUACACCGAUCAUUACUUUUCUUUUUCAUUUUUUCCAAUAAGUUGGCUGUUUUAAUAAAUAAUAUAUUUUGUCUGCUUUCGGUUAUAUUCAAAGUAAAAAAGCAGCAAAUUUUGUUUGUGUUUUGAUGUUGUGGAAUAUCUAUUUAAAAAUGCUGUCGUUCAAUUACGGUGGAACAUCAACUGAUAUUGUGUGUUCGAAAAAUAAUAAUAAUUCAUUAUAAAGUGAAAAUAGUAGAAAUGCAAACGUUCGAUUUACUUCUGCUUCGUUUUGUCGUCUAUGGAAUUAUUGAAAUCUCUUAUUAUACACAUUGUCUUCAUACAUACUAUCGAUAGACUAAACGCAGCACUUAUAUAGAGUGAACGCUACCGUCCCGUUCGCCGAGAAAGAAUAAUUACAUCUUCUUGACGGCCAAUUCGUUACAAUAGGAGAACUUUUUUUAUUCAGACAUUUUUUGUUGGAUGGGUGUGAAGUGUGAGAAUGGAACUUGUCCUCAGGAAUAGUGGCACCCGCACCCGAUCUCAUGCCCACACACAAAACGUGGUUUCCAUUUUGUAACAAAUGAAAAUUUACAAUAAAUUCCUGGAAUAAAACAAAUUGUAAUUUGUUUAAUGAAUAUAUUUAUUCGACAUAUAGGUGCAUCAUUAUCGAUUAUUGAAAAUGCUGGACCUAAUAUAUGUGCUGAUUUGAAAACAAUAUCUAAUAAACUUGUGCUGAAAGAUAAUUCUUUUGAAUAUUUAGAUGACGGUAAUGUUGAUAUAUCAGCACAUGCCAUAUUUUCAUUACUUGCUUCAUGA